GCAUUAUUUUGAUAUCAAUGUGAAAAACCUUCAGAUGUAACCACUUUCUCUGUUUCCUUUUGCAUAAUGUGUGUUUGCACCCUGUGAUUCCUUCUCGGAGUGAGUCUGGGCGCUGGGUGGGAGGGGUGAUGCUCCAGCUCCUGUCACACAUGCUGUACAGCAACAACACUAUUUGGAGAGUUACAAGUGCAGCUCAAACUGAGAUUGCAUGACCAAUGAGCUCUCUCGCUCUCAUGCGCACAUACCCAGAUUUCACUUGUCAGAGAUCGUCGGGUUUUACGCGCGACUUUAAAGUUCAGCAGCUCAGAGGAAUCGGUGACCAGAGUGGAAACGGUGCAAGAUGGGAAUGAACCUGAAAGGCAUCUCGGGUGCUUAGUUUCCUUAGGACGCACAAGUGGCGCUCCGUGCCAUUGCGCACAACUUCUUAAAGCGCAUGCAAACUCAGCCGAAUUACAGAGUGGACUUUGCUUGGCACGAGCCGAGAUGGCUAUACUUAUCAGUUCUUUAGUAGUUCUUACAAAAUUCCUACUUUAUUUAAAGGUGACAUACUGCAUGGAGGUGGAUUUCUGCAUACCUAUUCGUGUGGAUCACCAGAAGCAUGAGAAGCAUCUGCACCGGCGCGCGGAGCAGAUGAGUGACAGACAGAUUGUGUUCAGGUUAAGCGCGUUCAAACAGGAAUUUUACCUCCAUCUCACGCCGGAUUCUAGCUUCCUUGCACCGGGCAGCAUUCUGCCUGAGAGCGGCUCCUCAUCAUUCAACACUUCUGCAGCAGCUGACCUGAGGGACUGCUUCUACUCCGGCGAUAUCAACGCAGAUCCGGAUUCUUACGCAGCGCUCAGCUUGUGUAAAGGUCUCCACGGUGGGUUUUCCUAUAACGGCAUGGAGUAUUUCAUUGGCCUGAGCCGGACUGAGGACAGAGCUGCCGCGUCUGGAUUUGCAAACUCUUUCGACAGGACACAUGUGAUCCGCCGCCGGAGACGCGCUGCGCACUCCAGCGGCAACUUCACCAGCAGGUGCGGAGUUACACCUGACUCCAACUUCAACGUGUCCUUGGAGAAAUACAAACACAUGAGCGAGCUUGAGAUUGAUGGCUUAACUGAAACUGUGCUGAAAAGUUUGGGGAGGUCCAAGAGGUUUGCCUCCAUCCCCAGGUUUGUGGAGGUGCUGGUGGUGGCAGAUGAAUCUAUGGCCAAAUUUCACGGGGAUGACCUAAAGCAUUACCUCCUGACCCUGAUGUCAGUAGCAGCCCGCCUUUACAAGCACCCCAGCAUUCUCAACUCAAUAAACAUAGUGGUGGUAGGCUUCAUGGUGAUAAAUGAAGCUGACAAGGGACCAAAGGUUUCCAGUAAUGCAGCUCUGACUCUGCGCAACUUCUGCUCCUGGCAGAAGAAGUUAAAUAAACACAACGACAAGCACCCGGACUACUGGGACACUGCAAUACUGUUCACCAGACAGGAUCUCUGUGGGGCCACGACCUGUGACACACUGGGGAUGGCAGACGUUGGGACCAUGUGUGACCCGAAGAGGAGCUGCUCUGUCAUUGAAGACGAUGGAUUGCCCUCGGCUUUCACAACGGCCCAUGAACUUGGCCACGUCUUCAACAUGCCCCACGACAACGUGAAGGCUUGCGAGGAGGUCUUCGGGAAACUGAAGGACAACCACAUGAUGUCUCCCACUCUGAUUCAGAUCGACAGGAGCCGGCCCUGGUCGGUGUGCAGCGCAGCCAUCAUUACCGAGUUCCUGGACAGAGGUCAUGGAGACUGUCUGCUGGAUCAGCCUCAGAGGCAGCUAUCCCUCUCAGACAACCUGCCUGGUUCUAGCUACAGUCUGCACCGCCAGUGUGAGCUCGCCUUCGGACUGGGGUCCAAGCCCUGCCCGUACAUGCAGCCCUGCUCCAAGCUGUGGUGCACCGGGAAAGCUCGCGGUCAGCUGGUCUGCCAGACACGACACUUCCCCUGGGCGGAUGGCACCAACUGCGGAAACGGAAAAGUCUGCUACCGAGGAGCCUGCUCAGACAAGAACAGCACCAUGCACAUCCAGGUGGAUGGCCGCUGGGGGAAGUGGGGUGCAUUUGGAGACUGCUCCCGGAGUUGUGGUGGAGGAGUUCAACUGGCCAAGAGGGAGUGUAACAACCCUGUACCUGAGAAUGGAGGCAAAUACUGCUACGGCCUUCGAAUCAAAUACCGCUCCUGUAACCUCAACCCUUGUGCUGACACAGGUAAGAGUUACCGUGAGGAGCAGUGUGAGGCGUUCAAUGGCCUGAACCUGAACACCAACAGACUGGGAUCCUCUGUGGUUUGGGUUCCCAAAUAUUCAGGCAUCUCUCCCAAAGACAAAUGUAAGCUCAUCUGCCGCGCCAACGGGACUGGAUACUUCUAUGUCCUCGCUCCAAAGGUUGUGGACGGGACGCCCUGCUCUCCUGACACCUCGGCCGUAUGUGUUCAAGGAAAAUGCAUCAAGGCUGGCUGCGAUGGCAAGCUCGACUCUAAUAGGAAGUUUGAUAAGUGCGGUGUGUGUGGCGGGGACAACCAGGGCUGCAAGAAGGUCUCAGGACUGUUCACCAAACCAAUUCAUGGCUACAACUUUGUGGUGAUGCUUCCAGUCGGAGCUUCCAAUGUUGAUAUCCGUCAACGCGGCUACAGAGGAAUGGUCAGUGAUGAAAACUACCUGGCAGUGAAGAAUCGACAUGGCAAGUACCUACUCAACGGUAACUACGUGGUGUCAGCCGUGGAGCGCGACCUGCUGGUUAAGGGAAGCUUGCUGCGCUACAGCGGCACCUCCAGCUCUGUGGAGAUUCUUCAGGCCACCAGACCCCUGCAGGAGCCUCUGACUGUGGAGGUGCUCUCUGUGGGGAAGAUGACUCCUCCCAGGGUGCGUUACUCCUUCUACAUCGCCAAGGAGAGCAAAGAGGAGAAGACUCUGCAGAAAGAGGAGCGGAGUCACGCGGCACAGAACAGCGUCUUAUCAGACAGUAACAGGGUCGAAGCGAAGAAGCAGAUGAUGGGUAAGAGGCCGGUCAGCCACUGGGUGACAGCGGGCUGGGAUUCAUGCUCUGUGUCGUGUGGGACCGGUCUGCAGAAGAGGCUGGUGCAGUGCCAGAGCAUGGAGGGGCGUCCUGCAGCAGACUGUGACAACACUGACAGGCCUGCAGCAGUGAGAGCAUGUGGGGAUCCCUGCCCCAUGUGGGAUGUGGGGGCCUGGUCACACUGCUCCAAGUCCUGUGGAAGGGGCUUUAAAAGGCGGCCGGUGCGCUGCAUGACUGAGAAUGGCCUGAAUCUACCUAGAGACCAUUGUGCUGGAAGGAGGAAGCCUCAGGAACUGGACCUCUGUAACCUGAGGCCAUGUUAGAGCUGGUAAGACGCAGCCUGAGGACUUCUUUUGUCAGUCAAAUCGAUGUAUUGACAUGAACCUUAAGCUCUAAUCAGCAUGAUAAGGAUUUCAAGGCUGCGUUGAGUAGAAAUAGUCUCAAAAGCAGCCUUACUGCUCCUGACGGGGCGUCUGCUGCGAUAAAGAAAGAAAGAAGAGGAGACAGAGAGGGUCUUCUUCCGAUGUUAGAAGAGACAGGCAUCAUUCAAGAUGUGAGAAAAGAAGACAGAAACUGUCGGUCCCUCUGCAGCAGGUUUUUAACUGUGUACCUCUACCAGGAGAGAUGACACGGGGCCUGAGUAUACAGAGAGUGAAAGAGGAGAAAGGGGCAGAGACACAGACUGCACAGAAACAUAACGUGUUGGUGUAGUUACAUGCAUGGGAUCAGAGGAACCAACAAAGACACAUACAAGUCCUGAACAAACAGGUUAAGUUUUGCAGAACUCUGCAGAAACACUGUGCAGUUAUCUCACCAGUGAAAUUAAAUUUGUCUUAUUUCACUAUAUCAAAAUGUGAAACACAGUACUGUAUUAUUUCUACAGGUUCAAGCCGUUUCUUCACCUUUUUUUCUUUUCUUUCCAUACUUUGUAUACAUUGCAAUGGCUGUUGCCAGAUGUAGAAAACAAAGCCAGCUGCUGGUCUGAGUAUUUCAUCUUGACAAAUAGCUUUACAAGCUUCUCUACCUGCAGCUGCAAUACAUGCUAUGCAUACGAUCUUGACGAAUUUCACCAGUAUCAAAGAAUUCUUACUAUUACCCCAGACCAAAAAGGUCUUUUUUAUGGGAGGAAAAUAAAUGUAGUUAGAGGUAAGAUGUGAGAAUACUCUGUAGUGAAUGUACUUAAAGAGCCCAUAUUAUGCCCUUUUUGGGGUUCGUAUAUUUAAUCUAUGUACCUACUUUUGUACGUUCACAAUAGAUAAAGUUCUAAAAAAGUGUCUGUUUUCAUGUACUGCUCCUCCUUGCUCCCUCUACGCUCUGAGUCCGUCAGCUACGCUCUGCUGAGCCCACACUGUUAGACCCCACGUGGGCCAAGUCUGCUCUGAUUGGUCUGCCGAUCCGCUCUGUCGUUAUUGGUCAGUUGCUCAGCACGUGUCUCGGAAAUUUCAACAUGAGCUGCAGGGCUUGCCACAACGAGCCAAUGGGCUUAGAUCAGUGAUAUCACACUGACAAAUUUUUAUCGAGGGGGGGCUAGAACUGAGCGUUACAUGCGGCUAAUGCUACAGCUAACAGGAGGACGUAGGAGAAGCCGUGUUUUUGAAUUUUUGCACAUAGAUGUGCCUAAACAUGCACAGGACACUUGGAAAACACACUAAAGAGCAUAUAAAACCAGAAAAAGCAUAAUAUGGGACCUUUAAGACUUUUUCCAGUGCAAUCAUAAUGCAUGCAUGUCUGUUCUGUGAAAACCAAACUGAGCAUAUAUAGCUUUUUGUUCCAUGUUGCCAAAGAGUUAUUACUUUCAAAGAAGCCUCGGUGCUACGGUAACAGGCUGUAUCCUGGCUUGCCUACAGUACCUUAAAGUGUUACUGAAAUUUUAAUACGUUUUUUUCUUUUUACUGCCAUUUCACUUGCACUGUGUGCGUCAAUGGUCUUAAAAGUUGUCUUUGCUUAUCAAAACUUAUCUCCUCGAAGCCCAAGAGAUGGCUGUUAAGAUGGGGAAAAUCAACUAACCAACCCAUUUGGUCAUUCAGAUAAUGAACUUAUUGCUUGUGUUUUUAAUGAACAUGUAUACGAGUUUAACUUCACUUGUUCCAUAUUCUCGAAAUUAGCUGCUUUUGUCCCUCUUUUGUAACGGACUAAAUGUUCAAACAGAUGGAUUUGGAUUGUUGUCAGGAAACACAAGGGACCUGAAGACAUAAUUCUGGGCUCAAGGAACUAUUAUUUUGGGACAUUUAAAAGAUCCACUGUUUUGUAGUCUGAGCAAUCAUGAAGAAUUUGUUGUCUGUUAAAAAAGGAGAAUUUUCAAAACACUCCAAAAGCAUCAAUGGCUUUCCUUCAAACUAUGUGCUUUUUCAGCAGGUUAACAGUACCUGAUUAGCAAUAAUAAUGAUAAUAAUCCUUUUCAGAUGUUGGUUCAUAAGUGUUCAUCAAAGCUCCAUGAACACAAGAAGUGAGUGUUCAUAAGGGAGUGCUCAAAUGACAAUUUAACAUCAUAUUCUGCUUUGGGUAAAAUGCAUGUUUGAUUGUAGUAUUUUCUCAUCCUGCACAUGGUUCUGUAUUUCUGCUGCUCAGCUGCUUCAUGACCUGAAGUUGUGUAUUCUUGAAGUGAGGUUGUAUGUUUUACACCUCAAUAGUAUGUGUAUUAGCCACAGGAGAUGUCAGGUCAGUUAGACCCCUUUAUUUAGAAACUGGUCAGAGUGCCUGCUCAGAAGCUAGGCUAUAUAGCACUGCAGAUGGAGACAAUGGUAUACCAUCUAAUUUAGUUUGGAGGUCUAUAGCCCCCAUACCGUACACAGGGCUUGCACAUUAACCACUAGGCUGCCGGGGCCUCAUGUAGGGUUUGUUAAUAUAGCUCAGUCGGGUUGUGUCAUUGCGCAAUAAAAUAAAUUACUCUGAAGACACAUUUCCAUUAUGCUUUACUGGUUUUCCAAUUUUAUUAGAACAUUUUGAAGGUCAGUACAAUUCAGCAUUCAGUACAGCAGGGAGCUCUGGAUGUUGAGUGAUGCCGACUGCAGGCCCGUGUGAGCCACUGGUAUCCUCUGAUUCAGAUAAGGUCCUGAAGUUUUUUUCCAACUCAUAGCUCUCUGGGUCCAUGCACAUGGGCUCACAGUUUACACACCUGCACCAUCAGGAAAUCUCCAGUUCCACCCCUCUCUUGUAGGGACCUGUUGAAUCACCAUAUAGACAUUUUUUUCCUCUGUGCACUCUGGUCCAUAUAAGUAUCCUCUUAAGCAAACUUUUGAAUCGUCAUUAUUUAUUAAGGUUUGGGUUUUUACUUCAAAUUGGCUAAAUUAACAAGGUAACAUUGGCCCUGUCUGCAGCAAUACAUAGCCUAGCUUAGGCUAGCUUAGCUAAUGAAGCCGAGCUCACCGGCUUCCUGUGGCUAAUACACUUGACAAGUACCUGAUACAAACCCACUGACAAAAUCUGAAGUAUCCCUUUAAAUGAAAACACAAUGCAGGUUCAAUUUUUUGGGAAACUCCAAGAUCAUGUCAGUCUAUUGGUGCGCUGCUCCUGCAUUUGGUCAUUGUUUUAGUGUUACGCCUAAUGUUUUCACUGGCACACAUUAUGAUAUUAAGUAAGAAUCCACCCUAAAACACAGUCAGUUACCAAACACAUAUUAAUAAUUUUUUUCUUUCCUGGCUUCCAAUUGUGAUGAUGGAACAGGGUUUGUUUUCUUUGGAUGACUGUUACUGCAUUUCCAGCACAGCUGAAAAUAUGUGAAGUUAAGUAGAAAAUGUAUCAGCAGUCCUAAAAAGAUUUGGUAAGAAUCCAGUUUUGUUGUCACACCCCAAGUUUCUAAAGUGUGAAGGCGCCUGUCUGGACUCAGUAUUUUAUAAAUUUGCCAUUUUCAACAAUAGAGCAUGCAGAAAUGUAUUAAAGAGAAGGCUUUCAACAUCUUUGAGAUUAAAAGUAAACACUACCAACGUCAAAGUUAAUCAAUAAACAGCUGGAAUGGAUGAGACAUCAUAGGAGAUAGACUCUCCCUUUAAACUGGGUUGAUGCUUGAUGGUAUUGCCGCAUUGGCAAAACUGUUGUGUUGUGUCAGAGUGAACCUAAUUGGUGCCUAGAUUUAAUUAAACUGCAACACUUUAACACGUUUACCAACAAGUGUUGAAGGUUGUGAAAUGGUUGCAGUUUCGUUAGUGUAGCAUGCAGACCUGUAUUAUGUCUUACUGCCAGCAGGGGGGGGACUCUAUUGGUUGCAUACAUAAGUUUGAUUGGAUGAAGGUUUAUGAGACAAGGAGCCAACUUCUUUCUUGAUUUAUUGGCUUAGUAAAUAUUUCCAAAUGCGUUGGUCUGAAUCUCUAGUUAAGAGUCUUCUUCAAAUUAACAUGAUGAAGCGCCAAAUACAUGACAAAGCAGGGAAUGCUUUAGGAAGUGGUUACCUGUGAUUAUAUAAAGUUAUGGCCAACCAGGAUUAAUAGCUUGAUUUUUGACUAAGAUUUUUUAAGACUAAGAUUGUUGGUGAUGGCAAAAGACCAAUCUGAAGGCUAUAACAAAGAACUCGGGG